GAAGUGGCAGUCUUCGUGUUCGAUAAGAAGAUCAUUGAUCGCUAUCAGAAGUUUGAGAAGGAUCAGAUCAUUGAUUCGCUGAAGAAAGGAGUUCAACAGCUGACCCGGUUACGACAUCCGCGUCUCCUCACAGUUCAGCACCCACUGGAGGAGUCCAGAGACUGUCUGGCGUUCUGCACCGAGCCCGUGUUCGCCAGUCUAGCGAAUGUGCUCGGCCAGUGGGACAACCUCCCUAGUCCUGUUCCCACAGACAUCAAAGAAUACAAACUCUACGACGUUGAGACCAAAUACGGCUUACUGCAGGUCUCGGAGGGUUUGUCGUUCCUUCACAGUGGGGUUAAAAUGGUUCAUGGCAACUUGUGUUCAGAGAACAUCAUCUUGAAUAAGAGCGGAGCCUGGAAGAUCAUGGGCUUUGACUUCAGUAUCUCCUCUAGUAACCCGUCUGACGCUGAGCCCAAGUAUGUUUGUAAAGAGUGGGACCCCAAUCUCCCGCCUCUCUGCCUCCCGAACCCAGAAUAUGUCGCUCCGGAGUACAUCCUGUCCGUCAGCUGCGACGCGGCCUCUGACAUGUACUCACUGGGCGUCUUGAUCCACGCCGUGUUCAAUGAAGGCAAGCCCGUCUUUCAGGUCAACAAGCAGGACAUAUUCAAGAGCUUCAGCCGACAACUGGACCAGCUGAGCUAUCUAAGUCCAGGAGUAUUGAGUCAGAUCCCAGAGGAGGUCAGGGAUCAUGUGAAGAUGUUGCUCAACGUCACCUCCAACGUGCGUCCAGACGCAGAUCAGAUGACAAAGAUUCCCUUCUUCGAUGAUGUUGGAGCGAUGACCCUUCAGUACUUUGACUCGCUUUUCCAGCGGGACAACUUACAGAAGUCUCAGUUCUACAGAGGUCUCCCAAAAGUUCUGCCCAAGUUGCCCAAGAGAGUGAUAGUAUAUCGAAUCCUCCCGGCACUCACGUCUGAGUUUGUGAACCCCGACAUGGUUCCGUUUGUCCUUCCAAAUGUGCUGCUCAUUGCUGAGGAGUGCACAAAGGAGGAAUACGUCCGCCUCGUUCUCCCAGACCUCACCCCAGUUUUCAAACAGCAGGAGCCAGUACAGGCCAGCAACAUGAUCCUGCUGAUAUUUCUACAAAAGAUGGACCUACUUUUGACCAAAACGCCUCCUGAAGACAUCAAGAACAGUGUUCUGCCCAUGGUGUACAGAGCAGUGGAGGCCCCCUCUACUCAAAUACAGGAACUUUGUCUGAAUAUCAUUCCCACGUUUGCCAAUCUAAUAGAGUACCCGUCUAUGAAGAAUGCACUUAUCCCUCGUAUCAAAUCUGCCUGUUUACAGACAUCCUCACUAGCGGUGAGGGUGAACUCUUUGGUGUGCCUAGGCAAGAUCCUGGAAUACCUGGAUAAAUGGUUCGUCAUUGAUGAAAUUCUACCAUUUCUGCAACAAAUUCCAUCCAGGGAACCAGCUGUGCUCAUGGGCAUUCUGGGCAUCUACAAGUGCACUUUCACCCAUAAGAAACUGGGCAUCCCAAAAGAGCACCUGGCUGGAAAGAGUUUACCACAUCUGGUGUCACUUAGUAUUGAUAACAACCUUAACCUUAACCAGUUUAACUCUUUUAUGGCUGUGGUCAAGGAAAUGUUGAAUCGCAUGGAAGCGGAGCAUAAGACCAAAUUAGAGCAGUUGCACAUCAUGCAAGAGCAGCAAAGGAGUUUAAACAUUACAAACCACAUGAACCAAUCAGAAGAGACUAAGAACACACCCAGCCCAGCCACACAAGUCAGAGAUAUCGAUGAGAUCUUUGGUGGCAGUUCAGGAAGUGCAGGUGUGAAUGGUAAAGAGAACGGUUCCUCGUCUACUGUUUCACAACCCUCACGAGUGUCUCUCACCUUGGAAGAAAAGCAGCGUUUGGCUAAAGAACAGGAACAGGCUGCUAAACUAAGAAGCCAGCAGCCACUGGCUCCACAGAGUGUCAAACCAGCCACAACGACACCUCAGGCGAAGGAUCUGACCAGCAGUCUUUUGAACACCAUGACAUCUGUGAACAACCUCUCUUUGAACUCUGGGACCAGGACGAUACCCAUGCAGGGCAGCACCGUAUCCUCUACCUUCCCAGCUGGACCCACUAUGGGUGGAAUGGGCACUAUGGGCGUCAGCAACGGUUUUAACUCGCCCAUGGGAUUCCAGACGGGAGGUAUGGGAAUGGGCAUGAGACCCGCUGCUCCUGGCCUUUAUGGAGGCAUGGCCACCACUACCAGCGCUCCAAAUUUCAGUGCCCUCACCCAGAACCAAAACCAACCCAGCAAGCCCACAGACAUGUCAGCCCUAGACUCCCUCUUCACUUCUAGCAAACCCAAAGUCAGCAUGAACCAAAUGGCCCCUAAACCGGCCCCAGGAGCCACUGCACCCUCCCCAUGGCUCAGUCAGUAUGGUACAGGCCAACCUUCCCAGACUGCACCCAUGCAGGCGACUCCGAUGGGGAUGACGGGAGUUCAAGGUGGUUUUGGAAUGCAAGCAAACCCGUUCUUCAACCCUCAGAACUUCUCGCAACCUGUGGCCUCUUCAACAAUCAACGCUGGGGUGAUGAAACAAAGCGCUUCAGUCAACAACGAUCUUAAGGACCUCUUCGGAUAAAACAUCUGCCUUUCGUUCCCGUUCCCCCUUGUGUGGGAAUCAAAACGAAACAACAUCAGCAGCGAAGAUGACAGUCAAAAUUUGGUUGGGCGGUUGGACAUGGUAUCCUUGAAAGAGGUUAAAACUUUCUGGUUUGUUUUGUCUUUUUUUUUUUUUUUUUAG